AUGUCAUCCUCCACAAGCCUAAUAAACUCCGCCAAACUCGCCGCCUCCUUCCAGGCCGUCGACGAGCACCUCCUCCCCUCGCACCGCUUCAUCGGCAUCGGCUCCGGCAGCACCGUCGUCUACGUCGUCGAGGCCAUUGCCGCCAAGGGCCCUUCCUUUUACGGCGACAUGACGUUUGUUCCGACGGGCAGCCAGUCCAAGGGUCUGCUGAAGGCGGCGGGGCUCCGGCUGUGCAAUCUGGAUGAGAGGCCGGUCGAUGCUCACGGCGUGCCGGUUGCGCUGGACGUGGUGUUUGACGGCGCGGAUGAGGUGGAUGAGGAGCUGAAUCUGAUCAAGGGAGGGGGCGGGUGCUUGUUCCAGGAGAAGCUGGUUGCUGUGGCUGGGAGGAAGUUUGUCGCUGUUGCCGACUCCCGCAAACAGUCCCCCCGCCUCUGCACAACCUGGAAAACCAUCCCCAUCGAGGUCCUCCCCCUCGCCGCCCCCUCCGUCCUCGCCCGCCUCCGCGCCAUGGGCUCCCCCAGCCCGACCGUCCGCUCCGGCCUGCCCAGCAAGGCCGGCGAGUGCGUCACCGACAACGGCAUGUGGAUCAUUGACGCGCCCUUUGCGCCGCUGCUGCUGGCGCGGGACUUGAAGCCCGGCGUGGACGGCGCCGGCAAGGACGGUGUCUGGGAGGUGGGCAAGUUGGCCGAGGAGCUGGUGAGGCUGCCGGGCGUUGUCGAGAUUGGCCUGUUCACGGGGUUCAAUGGCGUCGAGGCUGUGAGUCUGGGCAAGGAGUUUCAGGCGCAGAAGCCGGUUGCGGCUUAUUUUGGCACGCCGACGGGCGAGGUUCAAGUGCAGAGAGCGACAUAG